CGCUGCCAUUGGUGUUGCUCUGGUUUAUUUCAAUUCCUGGUUGGUUGAAGGCCAUAGCAACAAAGCGCCAUGUUUCCCUCAAGGGGAGGAUAAACUAAGCUAAUUUACUGGGUACUUAUGAAUCAAAUGUUCGCGAUUUAACGGCGAUUAUAGAUGCAUCGUAAUAACGCAUGUGGUCGAUGCAAUGCAACACCGCCGUGGUGGCGAUCGCAUGUUGUUGAGGGACGUUUGCAAAUCGUUGGGUAAACAGAGGUAAGGCUGCAAUAAGAAGACUCCUCAUUGGAUAAUAAUCGAGUAUGACGGACCUGCAGGUCGAGGAGGACAUGGACGCCUCGGAGACGGUGCAGUUGUAUGAGGAUGUGAAGACGGAGGUGGUGGAGAGCUGUUACACUCUGCAGGAAGUUGCAUCCGCUAAAAAGAGAAGAAGUAAAGCACAGGAAGACAUUCAUGAUAAACCCAAGAAGCCAAGGUCUGCCUACCUGCUCUACUACUUUGACUUCCACCAGGUGAUCCAGCUGGAGAGCCCCAACCUGCCCCAGUCGGAGAUUAACAAGCGCAUCAGCGAGAGCUGGAAGAGGCUGAAUGUGGCGGAGAAGGGCUACUACCUGGAGAAGGCCAAGCUGGAGAGAGACGGCGUGGACACAUCCUCGGUCACCUCCACCCAGGACCUCUCUGGAUUCCGCAAGAUCCUCCCCAGGGCCAACUACGUCCUCAUGUCCAAAGAAUCCCCCUCUGGUCCCCAGGCAGUGGGGGGGUCCCUCCCCCCAGAACCUGCCCCCCUGGAGUCUCUGGAGCCCCCGGUCCCCGAGGGGACGUCCUCCGUACCCCCUCCCCCAGACCCCCAGUACCCCGCCCUUACCCUGGACAGCGAGCAGUGCAUCGCCCUCGGGGCGCUGGCGGAGGAGGCGGCCUCCAUGACUGAAACCACCGCAGCCCUCCAGGGGAUCCUCCCCCCGUCCGCCUCCUGCCCCCCCUGGGCCAAAGGCCCGGCCCCGGAGCCCCUGGAGUCCCGGGCCGCCCCCUCCCCGUGUCCGGACAGCUGUGGGGUGCUGCUGGACGCAGGCGCCCCCACCAACCCCGCCGUCAGCGUCUAUAGCGUCGUGAACUCCAAACCGGGGGAUUCUGUGGGCGGGGCUGAGAUGCAGCCGAUGAGGCAGGACAUAGCGCAGGUGGUCUCCAUCUUACCUGCCCAGAACCGGGUGGAGCCCAAGUCUGCGGCCGCUGUCAACUCCGUCAGCCACGUGAUGAUGGUGUCCGUGGGCGCCGGGCUCAACCCUAACACAAAGCCUUCGUAUAAAAUGGCGGUGAAGACCUAUACCAGGAGGGGGCGUGGCCGGUGCCUGGCGCCUGGCUGUGCCUUCGUCUACGUGACCCGCCACAAACCGCCCUUCUGCCCAGAGUGUGGCAACCAUCUAGGGGGCAAAUGGGUACCUGCUGCUAAGAAAACCGCAAAGCAAUCUAAGCAAUUCAACCAGAAAGCUGAGAUCAGCUCUAGUGACGGCUGUCAACCCACGCUGUCUGCUGACGAGGGGCACUCGACCAGCGGCCCUGAGGACACGAAGCACGGCCGGACUGAAGGCCAGAGGAAGCAGGGCCUCAGCCAGCAGCCUGCGGCCGUGAAGGGAGAACCACUAGAGGGCAGCAGCACCAAAGCACCGCCGCGAGCACGACAAUUGAAACCAACUGCCAAAGGCAUUACGGUCAAAGGUCACGAUAAAAGUCACAUGACCAUAAAGAAGAGACCAGUCAGGCCCAUCCUGCCAGCCUACUGCACCAGUGUUAUUCCGUCUGUAGGCCGCGCUGUGCUCCAGUUCAUAACGGUUCCUCCAGACAAGGGAAGAGUCACCUGCAACAACCCCAAAUCUGUCCCCACAGUCCCCGGUCAGAGCAUGUCCGGUCUCAAACCCAGUACCCUGAAGCAGCUGGGCCACAUCGUCCCGGCAACAGCAGCUGGAGCCCCGGUGCAGAGCCCCGCCGCGCCCCGCCCAGGGAGCCAGUACGUCGCCUCGCUGGACUCCAACAUCCUGUCGGUCGUGCCCUUCAAGCAGAACUCCGUCUCCAGCUUCGACCUGGGUCUGUCGACGGCGCGGGGGCGUGGCCGCUGUAAGAACCCCGCCUGCGACUACGUGUACAAGAACCGGCACAAGCCGGCCGACUGCCCCACGUGUGGGUGGGAGCUGACCCGCAAGAGCAGCAAGGGGGCCAAGGCCGCCCCGCUGCUGGACCCCUACCGGCCCCUCAGCCCCGCCCAGAGGGAGCUCCAGCGCCGCUCCACUCUGCUGCUGCUCCGCCGCGCCCUGCAGAUCCCCGAGGGCGAGGCGGAGCUCCAGGACGCGCUGGCCCUCAUCCAGGACCUCAACGGGGCCACGGUGGAGCUGCCCCCGUCGGGGCAGCAGGGCGGGGGCCGGGGCGACCCGGGGGAGGGGGCCGUCUCGCCGCGAUCCGGCUGGCCGCGCUACUUCGAGUCGGCCGCCGCCCACUGCGGCCUCUGCCAGUACCCGCUCUUCAAGGGGGGCCAGAGCACCGUGGCAGGACAGGAGGACUGCUGGCUGCUCACCGGGACGUUGAUCCAGACGGCGUCUCUGCAGCUGAAAGUCUGUCUGAACACGCAGUGUCUGGCGCUGCACAGCUUCACGGACAUCCACCAAGGUUUGUUCAACAUCGGCAACACGCUGCUGGUGAGUCUGGAUCUGUUCCUGAAGAUGAGGGAUGAGAUCCACCUGGGUCAGCACCCGUCAGACGCUGCUGCCACCGUCCUGGACCACAUCCACCGUCACCCUGGUAACGGCCGGGAGCUCCGCUCUCAGACCCCUGUCUGGGACGUUUCCCCUCCUUCCCAUCUCCUACUGGAUCUCUACCGGGGCGGGACUUAUUCUGAUCCCCCGUCUUCAGUCCACGCCCUGGUCCCAGAGGAGGCGUCCCGGGUGCAGGCCCUGUUGCUGAGUGGCUACUGGGCCUUCGAGAGCCUGACGGUCCGGGACUACAACGACAUGAUCUGCGGGGUGUGUGGCGUGGCCCCCAAGGUGGAGGUGGCCCAGCGCUUCCCCCACAACGUCCUGGAGCUCCACAACGUGCAGUUCACGUGGCCGGAGACCCCCAGUCCGGACGAGGUCCACGUGGACGACUUCUGGCUGACCAUGGAGAGCGAGGCCAUCGAGCAGGCGGCCUUCCCCUCGGACAUCCCCGUCACGCAGGUGGACGCCUCCAUCGUGGCCCCCUUCAUCCCCCCGCUGAUGCGGAGCCCGGCCGUCAUCAACACGGAGAAGGACAAGGUCCCCUCCGACACGGCACCCCCCGCAGGGGGCGCGGCGAGGCUGGUCCGGCUGAUCCACGAGGGCCAGCUGAGGCUGGACGCGCUGGAGGAUUACCCGGAGGAGGAGCUCCAGGCCAUGCUGCGCUUCUGCGGAGAGAGCCCCCCCGCCCAGGCCACCAGGGAGGACCUGCUUGGCUCCCUGCUCUCCCUGUACGCUUACGUCCAGAACGGCCUCUCCACGGCCGCCCAGCCGCCCCCCCACCUCACCGCGGGGAAGCUGUCCAAGGUGUGCCCCCACAAGGUGGUGUGCGGCUCCAAGUACCUGGUGCGGGGCGAGACGGCCCGGGACCACGUGGACCUGCUGGUGUCGUCCCGCUACUGGCCGCCGGUCUACGUGACGGACUCGGCGCGGGCCGUGGCGCUCUGCACCGACCUGCGCUACCCCGAGCUGGGGGGCCCGAUGUGGGGCCGCAACCAGGGCUGCUUCUCGGACCCGCUGGACAGGCCACAGCUGGUGUCGUGCGCUGAGCUCCAGGACCAGCCUGGGGGCGCUGACCUCUCCCCCCCGGGGGAGGAGGACCCUCUGGUGCACCCCGUGACGCGGUCCUGUUCCCGCUGGCUGGUCCACCCCCAGGGGCCCCCCGCCCUGGACCACCACUCCAUGGGGCUGUGCAGGGAGCUGGAGCCCCUCGCCGACCUGGCCCAGCGGCUGGAGGGGGGGUCCGGCGUGGACGGCGGGGCCCCCCAGGAGGAAGUCCCGGCCCACCAGGCGGAGGGCGGGGCCCCCCAGGAGGAGGUCCCGGCCCCCCAGGCGGAGGGCGGGGUCCCCCAGGAGGAGGGCGGGGCCCCCAAGGCGGGGGCCCCAGACCCCCGGCGGCCCCUGCGGUUCGACAACGCGGCGUACUACUACCUGUACAACCGCCUGGUGGACUUCCUGCGCAGCCGGGCGGUGGUCAGCGGGCAGAUCGGCGGCGUGCUGGCGGCGUGCCAGCCCGGCGAGGUGGUCAUCAGGGACGCGCUGUACCGGCUGGGUGUGGCCCAGAUCAACACAGAGCAGGAGGCGGGGCUGGAGGCGGGGCCGGAGGCGGGGCAGCAGGACGCCGUCUAUGAGGUGGUGCUGCAGUGAGGCUAUGGCUCCGACGCACACACGGCCCCUCAGGCAGGCAGGCAGGCAGGCUGGCUGGCUGGCUGGCUGGCUGGCUGGCUGGCUGGCUGGCUGGCUGGCUGGCUGGCUGGCUGGCUGGCUGGCUGGCUGGCUGGCUGGCUGGCUGGCUGGCUGGCUGGCUGGCUGGCUGGCUGGCUGGCUGGCUGGCUGGCUGGCUGGCUGGCUGGCUGGCUGGCUGGCUGGCUGGCUGGCUGGCUGGCUGGCUGGCUGGCUGGCUGGCUGGCUGGCUGGAUGAGAUUUGUGCCUUGAGGAGAGAGAUUAUUUUGGACUAUAAAAAGCGGGUUGGUGACACUUGGUAUAGCCUUCACCGGGGGUCCUAGGGGUUGGUAUAGCAUGGGCCCCUGGGGGGCGUUCACACAACCUAGGGGGGCGCUACCUGAAAUAAAUAGCCUAUUUUCAUUUAUUUGUUUCUAACCCCUCUACCGUCUUAGCAGCUUUUUUUUUUUUCGUGCGAUCUGUUUUCGUGGAGUCUGCGUUGCCCGGGCCGCGGCGCCCGUGGUUCCCGGGCCUUCAUUAAUUCGUUCACGGGGCAUGGCGGGAGUCGCAGGAGUGGUCGCGGUGCCUGCCCGCAACGCGGUCACGGUGAAUGAAUGUUCAAUCCAACCAUUUCUUCCUCAACGUAUCUCUCUCUCUCUCUCUCUCUCUCUCUCUCUCUCUCUCUCUCUCUCUCUCUCUCUCUCUCUCUCUCUCUCUCUC